GAAAGAAUGAAUGAAUCAUCAUCCAAUCUGAACCCAAACCAUCACUGGUGACGACCAAUCAGCUCAGCGCUGUCGGGAUUGGAUCAUUGGAGGAAUAUUUUCUCCACCUUCCUCCCAUCUUUAAGCAGGCAAACAAUCAUUUGGUUGCCGCCACCUUCCACCACCUACGCCGUCUUCGGCAUCUUCCUCGGGGAUGGAGAACACACGCUGCUUCGCCAACCGCUUCUCGGACUACAGCAAGGGCGCGCUCCUGCCAGACCACGGGGUCGAGACGGUGGUUCCGGCCGUUGUGGCCACGGUGGACAAGAUCCUCCAAAAGGUCCCCAUAUCCCUGGACGACUGCGACGGCGGGCUGUACGACGGUCCAGCCGGCGUGGCGUACAUGCUUUACCACGUCAGCGAGUGUCCGCUGUUCUCGGAGCGGCGCGACACGUACCUGAAGGCGGCCAAGCGCAUCAUUGACGUCUCGGUGCGCUAUGUGGACGCCGAGCCGGACAGAAACAUGCGCGCCGCAUUCCUACUCGGCGGGGCGGGCGUUUACGCCACGGCCGCGAUGAUCUACAAGUCCCUGGGUUUGGCUGACUUCGUCAAGCCACUGACGAAAUUUCGCAAUCUGUGGGAAAUAUGCGCGCCCAUUCAUUUCCUGGAGUGCGGAUCUGAUGAGUUGUUUGUGGGCCGGGCAGGUUACCUGUGCGCGGCCUUGGUCCUCAAACAGAAGCUGGGCAUUGAGAUUCUCAGCAAGGAUCAAAUCAAGUCAAUCUGCCAAGCCAUCAUCGAGUCAGGAAAGCAGUAUGCCAGGAAGAAGCGAAAGCCUUUCCCCCUCAUGUACUCCUACUAUGGAACAGAGUAUCUCGGCGCUGCCCACGGCUUGUCGUCGAUACUGCAGAUGUUGCUGAGCUACCAGGAGCUGCUGAGCGGCGCCGACAAGGACCUGGUGUGGCAGAGCGUUGAUUUCCUCAUGAACCAGGAGCAGAACUGCAACUGGCCCGCCGAGCUGGGCGCGAUCAUUGAGCGCGAGAACGAGCUUGUCCACUGGUGUCACGGAGCUCCAGGUGUGGCUUAUCUCUUCGCCAAGGCCUACAUGAUGAAUAAGAAGCCGCAGUAUUUGGACACGUGCAUACGCAGUGGCGAGCUGGUGUGGCAGAAAGGUCUUCUGAAGAAAGGACCUGGCAUUUGCCACGGCGUAGCCGGCAGCGCUUACGUCUUCCUGUUGCUCUUCCGCCUCACCGGCUACUCCAAAUACAUCUACCGAGCUCAGAGGUUUGCCGAAUUUCUGUUCACGGAAGAGUUCAAGACGGGCUCGCGCUCCGUCACCAGCGUCUGCAGCCUGUUUGAAGGCCUGUCAGGGACCGUCUGCUUCCUGGUGGACCUACUGCAACCGGAGCAGGCUGAAUUUCCGCUGUUCAGCGUCUUUGACUGAAGGUCAGGACACGUAAAAUGAUACUUGAAGGUGAAAUCGUCUUAAAGUGGAGGAAACGAUGUUUUUGAAGUGCAAUAGAAACCUAUUUUGUGCUAUAUAUAUAUUGUACAUGUACGUGUUUGAGUGAGUGUUCAACCUUUCAGCUUUCCAGACUAAGUAGCACAUUACCUGUUUCCGAUUACGCUUCUAAAAUGCAAUUCAAGCAUAGGAAGUUUUUAAUGGCCGUGAAUAAUAAUUGUUUAUUGAAUUAAAUAAUUAAAUGUAGCAUAUGACUCAAGUAUGCUACUCUCAGGAAAAAAUAAAAUAAAUAAAAACGACAGAUGUCUAUUCAACCUUUCAAGGUUGUAUAUUAGGCUUAUGCCUCAAAAUGAGACAAGGAAAUAAAACAGGAAACUAAUACAUUUUGCAGAUCGGAAAAAAAAGUCAAGCACCACACAUUAGGGAGCCGAUGUUCCUAAAGGCUAAAUGUCUUUUU